CACGCGUAAUUGGCCAAUUGGACGUGUCCACAACAAACUAUUGGUCCGCCAAUCUAAACAGAAGUUGAAUCAUUGUCUCUCCACCCUAUUUUCUCUCUACUUUCUCGCCUACCAAACGCCCCCCUUAACUCUUCUUUCUCUAGUAAUUCCCGGAACACAAUGGCCAAUUGGGAGCUCAAGAACUGCUGUAAGCACGAUCAAGUCGUCUUCCUUGCGACCAUCGGUGUCUUCACUGUUGUCAUCCUACUGCUAUGGAGGACAUUCUUGCUGACUCCAUUUAAGCUCAUCACUGUAUUUCUUCAUGAAGCAAGUCAUGCAAUCGCUUGUAAGCUUACAUGUGGUCAGGUGGAGGGGAUCCAGGUUAAUGCAGAUGAGGGUGGGGUGACACAAACAAGGGGUGGUGUAUAUUGGUUGAUCUUGCCUGCUGGAUAUCUUGGCUCAUCAUUUUGGGGAAUGGUUUUCAUAUUAGCAUCUACAAAUCUUCUCACUUCAAGAAUUGCUGCUGGCUGUUUUGCUGUUGCUCUGAUUGUGGUGCUUUUCAUUGCUAAAAAUUGGACACUUCGAGGACUAUGCAUUGGAUUCAUUAUUUUUCUUGCAAUAAUUUGGGUUUUGCAAGAAACAACUAAAGUUCGUAUUCUUCGGUUCUUCAUUCUCUUCAUGGGUGUAAUGAACAGUUUAUUCUCAGUUUAUGACAUAUACGAUGACCUAAUAUCUCGAAGAGUUCACUCCAGUGAUGCUGAGAAGUUUGCUGAAAUUUGCCCCUGCCCUUGUAAUGGUGUUGGUUGGGGAGUUAUUUGGGGAAUGAUAUCAUUUAUAUUCCUUGCUGCAGCCAUGUACCUUGGACUUGUCAUCUUAUCUUGAGGUUCAGGGACUUGGUUUCAAAGUCUUGUUGUUGUAGCAGAGAGGCGACCCUCGCCCAUUCUUUUUGUUUCCUCAAUGAUACAUUCUAUGCUGUUUUCAGGCAUUGUUUCUGGAUUCAACUGAUACUGAAAGUGCGCUUACCACACUUUUCAUGGCUUCAUUCUUUUAACCCUUUUGUUAGUCGGGGUUUACUACAUUAUCACAUUCAUGAUCAUUCUGUAUAGGAGCAUUAUGUUGAUGUCUUUUAGAUUAUGGAAGAAAUUGAGUUAUUCAAUUGA